GCGCCCGCUACCGCCAUGUUGGCGCGGCUGCUACUGCAGCUCCCGCGGGCGGGGCCGCUCUCCGGGGGCCGCGGCGGCGCGUCCUACUGCUGCUGGUGGGCCCCGGGGCGGGCGGCCAAGAGACGGCCUUUCCGGGCCUUGCUCGUUGCCAGGUACUGGGGCAGCCAUGCCAGGUUCUCAUGCUUCCUGCGGGCUCCCAACCGCUUGGCCAAGCCAUUCCCAGCCAUGCUGCUGCUCUUGCCCCGCAGCCUCCUCCCACUGGGCCGGGUGGCUGCCUUCUUGGCAGGGCCAGCCUUCUUGGGACUGGGGGCGGGCUUCAGGCGGGCCUUCUGCCAGGAGGUCCAAAGGAUUGAAGUGGUGUGUGUCCCCCCACCUGUGGACAAGGAGCCAGACUUUAACUGGGCCAUGUUCUGGAAGUUCCUGCGCCCACAGCUGCUGGCACUGAUCGCAGCAGUCUUGUUUGCCUUGGGAGCCGCAAUGCUUAACAUCCAGAUCCCACUGCUAUUGGGCAAGAUGGUGAAUGUGGUGGCGCAGCACAUGCGUGUGGCCGAUUAUAUCCGUGUGGCGCGUCGACCUGCCCUGCGCCUGUUGAGUGUCUAUGGCCUCCAGGGGUUGAUGACAUUCGGGUAUAUCCUGCUUCUCUCCUGGAUUGGGGAGAGGGUGGCCAAUAGGAUGCGCAAGCAGCUUUUUUCUUCCUUCCUCAGGCAGGAGGUGGCCUUCUUUGAUGCCAACCAGACGGGGCAGCUGGUGAAUCGCCUGACCACGGACAUCCAGGAGUUCAAGUCCUCCUUCAAGCUUGUCAUCUCUCAGGGCUUGCGCAGCCUCACCCAGACUGUGGGCUGCUUUGUGACUCUCUACUUGAUCUCACCCAAGCUGACGGGAAUGCUGGUGGUGGUGAUGCCCAUUUUGGUGGGGGCUGGGGCCUACAUUGGUGGCUCUCUGCGCAAGCUUUCACGCAAAGCCCAAGAACAGGUGGCCAAGGCCACAGCAGUGGCCAAUGAGGCUUUGGGCAACGUCCGGACGGUGCGGGCCUUCGCCAUGGAACCCAAAGAACUCGAGCAGUAUGGAGCAGAGGUGGAUCAAGCUAGUCACCUCAACAUGAAGCUGGGGCUGGGCAUUGCCUUCUUCCAGGGGCUCUCCAACGUGGCCCUGAACUGUAUUGUGCUAGGUACCAUCUUUGUAGGCGGCACCCUCCUGGCUGGGGAAGAGAUGACACCGGGCGACCUCAUGUCCUUCUUGGUGUCCUCGCAGACUGUGCAAAGGUCCCUGGCCAGCAUGUCCAUCCUGUUUGGGCAGGUGGUGCGCGGGAUGAGCGCUGCAGCCCGCGUGUUUGAAUACAUGACUUUUCCACCAGAGACCGGGGUCUGUGAUAAAGAGCAGCUUGCCUGCAGCAUGCUGAGCGGGCGCAUUGAGUUCCAUGAUGUCACCUUCAGCUAUCCCACCCGGCUAGGCGCCAAGGUCCUGCAAAACUUUUCCCUCACCAUCCCUGCUAACAAGACAGUGGCUAUUGUGGGGCCGUCUGGAGGAGGGAAGUCUACUGUGGCAGCCCUUUUGGAGCGGUUCUAUGAGCCCUCGGAGGGUGCAAUCUUUCUGGAUGGCCGGGAUAUCUGCACUCUUGAUCCCACCUGGCUCCGUGGGGACAUCAUUGGCUACAUUAACCAGGAGCCUGUGCUGUUCAGCACAAGCAUAAUGGAGAACAUCCGCUUCGGCAAGCCUUGCGCAUCGGAUGCUGAGAUCUACGCCGCUGCUCGCCUCGCCAAUGCGGAUGAAUUCAUCCGCAGCUUUCCAGACGGCUACAACACUGUUGUGGGUGAGCGUGGGGUGACAUUGUCUGGGGGGCAGAAGCAGCGAGUGGCCAUUGCCCGGGCCCUCAUCAAGAACCCCAAAGUGCUGAUCUUGGAUGAGGCCACGAGCGCCCUGGAUGCGGAGUCGGAGCAUGUGGUGCAAGAAGCCCUGGACCGUGCAGUGGCUGGCCGCACUGUGCUGGUCAUUGCCCAUCGUCUCAGCACGGUGAAGGAUGCAGACCUCAUUGUGGUGCUGUCAAAGGGCCACGUGGCUGAGUCCGGGACACACACGGAGCUACUACGGAAGGGUGGCAUCUACGCAGAAUUGAUCCGACGCCAAACCAAAGAUGGAGUCUGAAGCAGGAAAGCUUGUUUUGUUGCCCUCGAGGAAGUAUUACUGCCUGAUCUGCCCCCAUUUCAUUCAGGAGCUUAUUGAGAUUCUGAUGCAAUCCCAGAAUUGGUUUGCAGGGGUGCAGAGGGCCAAGUCCAGAGCCUGUUGCCCUGGAAUCUGUCUAGUGUUAUAAAAUACCCCCACCAAC